UUUAUUUAAAUAGACAAUACUAAAUGUUAAAAAGAUGUUGCGUUCACAAUCAUAUUCUCGAUUCUUUUUUGUUCUUAUUCUUCUUGCUGCCUCUUCUUCUUCUUCAGAAUCAACGGCUACGGUCGUAUGGAAGCUGGGCUUCGCCGGAAUUCACUUUUGAUCGGUUUAUGACUGCUUGUUGAGCCAAGUCGGGUCAUUUAAUUCACCAUAAAAAAGCAGUUUCUUUGCAUAUUAAGUGAUUUCGGAGAGCAAUAGUACGUCACGUUCAAUUUGAUUGCCAAAGUAUUCAAGGGGCAAUAGUAAAAAAUUCAAUUUGAUCAUUGAGUUAACAGUCAGCCAAAAUGAAUUCUGGAUCCACCCAAUUUGUUCCUGCAAGAGGGAUGGGGAUAUUAGAGCCAAUCCAUCAAAUGGCCAUGUGGGGAGAUUUCAAAGGCAGCAACUAUCUGGAAACAUCUCCACCGAUGAUUCUGGAGGUUGAUGCUAAACUUGACAACCAGUCGGAGGACACUUCACAUGGAACAGCUGAGCCGGCAAAUAAAUACGAUCAAGAAGCAAGUAAGCCAACUGAUAAGGCACUGAGACGCCUGGCACAAAACAGGGAGGCUGCUCGCAAAAGUCGCCUCCGGAAAAAGGCAUAUGUCCAGCAGCUCGAAAACAGUAAACUGAAGUUAAUUCAGUUAGAGCAAGAGCUAGACCGAGCUCGACAACAGGGAAUGUAUGUUGGUGGUGGUAUGGAUGCUUGUCAGAUUGGAUACUCCGCGGCUACAAACCCAGGCAUUGUGACAUUUGAAAGGGAAUAUGGACACUGGAUCGAAGAGCAAAACAGGCAAAUUAUGGAUAUCCGAAAUGCAUUGCGCAACAAUAUGAGAGACAUGGAACUGCGCAUACUCGUCGAUGCAGGAAUGAGGCAUUACUCUGAUCUCUUUGACAUGAAAGCGGCAGCUGCCAGGGCUGAUGUGUUCUAUCUCAUCUCCGGGAUGUGGAAGACACCCGCAGAACGAUUCUUUUUCUGGAUUGGCGGCUUUCGGCCUUCAGAACUUCUAAAGGUUCUGUCACCGCAUCUGGAGUUAACAGAAACGCAGCGUCUGGAUGUGGGGAAUCUUAGGCAAUUGUGUCAGCAAGCCGAAGAUGCUUUAACACAGGGAAUGGAGAAACUACACUACAUUAUCGCUGAAGCGAUAGCCGGGGGUUCACUAGGCGAGGGGAACUACCUGCCGCAGCUCACUGCUGCUGCAGAGAAGUUAGAAUCUCUGGCCCGGUUUGUUCAACAGGCAGAUCAUCUUCGGCAACAGACUCUGCAGCAGAUGUCGGGACUCCUCACCACUCAUCAAGCAGCGCACGGUCUCCUUGCGCUAGGGGAGUAUUUGCAACGUCUUCGGGCAUUAAGUACGCUUUGGUCUUCGCAUGGUCACGAACGACUAGCGCCGCAGCAGCAGUAAGCCUUGACAAAACGUGAUUUUAGUGCAUCAUUGUAUUGUAUUGUAUUGUAUUGUUGGCAGCAAACACACGAUAUAAUUAUCAGCUUCUGCUGCCCAUUUUUGAGAUGAUACAAGAAUUUGUGAAUAUGUAUGUAUGUAUUUUAGUCUGUCAAGAGAAGGUGUGCAGAUAUGUAUAUGACUGUGUGCUGAAAUUCUGUCCCAUUUUAGGUUGAUACGUUUCCAGAUUUUCCUUUUUGUGAGAUUUAUCUUAUCGACUAGUUUGGAGCACUUCUCAAGCUGUAAAAUUGUCUGUAAUGAAUCAUAUGUCAUAUGCAAAGCAGGCAAAUUAAUUA